CGCGAUUCGCUCCAGUUCCUGUGUCAGCCUCACGGGAAUGCUCUCACGGGCGACAAUCAAAAACGGUGCAGACAGUUUCGAAGCUGCUGCUGUGCGAAAAUUUGUAGGCAGUCUGGAUUUUUUGAGCUGCAAAAUCUAAAAUAAGUAGUUCCGGUUACGUUUGUUUUAGUUUUAAAUAGAAUCAGUUUGAUUCAAACAAAUGAACUAAACCACCAAUAAACCCACCCAUUCAAGUAAGGAUACAUUUUUCGCUCAAAAAACCCUGAAAAAAUGAAGUGCUGCCGCCAUGCGAUAAGAGAAGGGAAGUGAUUUAUUUGUCCAAUUGCUCGUUCAUGUGAGAAAAUUCCGGGCGUAGUGUCCCCAGGCUCCAUCGGAUUUACAACCCUUCGAGUGGAAAGCUGAAUAGUGAAAAUAAGUAUACAACCUUUAUAGGAUUGCUGUUUACACGAUAGGUACGUGAAUGACAUCAGUCUGUGGCUGGAGGAUAUAAAUCGAGGCGUUCAUCAGUCAACGCAGCCAUCAGAAUACCUACCUACUUGUGCCGGAUUAUUAUUGAACCGGAGCUGCUGCACGAAUCUAUUUUAAUUAGUGGUCUUACAAUCAUUCGCAGAUUACAAACUAUUCAACAUGCACUCUCGUCUGCUAACGCUCUUUUGGCGCCGUAAGCUACUACUCCUGGCUUCUUCAGCUCUGUUCCUGUUGGCCCUAUGGUUCUGGGGCUUCCUGUAUACUACGCACGUCAAUGACGGUGGCAAGAUUGUAUCCAUCAAGGAGCUGAUGAUGGGCGGCGGAGGAAGUGGAUCCUCCCUUAGCGGAGCCCAUCGAGAAAAUCUGCUGCAACGGUUAGGAUUCUACGAUGAGCUGCUCGAUGAAACUGGGGCCGGUGGCGUCAAAUUCGUAAAACCCACCGUCGAAGGUUUGUUGGCGAGAAGUAGAGCUAAAUUUUUCAACGAGUGGGAAGCGAUAAUGCAAGACCGAGACGAAAAACCACACAGUGCUAGAGAAAUAAACAAACGAAGAUCAACAGAGGAACUUAGGAUAGCGGCUGAAAAACAGAACCACUAUGAACACGAGCUGAAGAAGAUGGGUGUUCCGGUUAUUGCCGGGAUAGGACCCGGUGGUCACCCCCCACCUUUACAACGCUUAGUUCAUUUGGAUCUCAAAGGAGCCCCACCGAAGAUUGCUUACUUGAAGCGAUUGAUGCCAAUCAUGAAAACCUUAGGAGCAACAGGUAUUUUGCUGGAGUACGAAGAUAUGUUCCCGUACGGCGGACCACUGUCUCCCAUUACAGCAAGGAAUGCCUACCAAAAAGAAGAGCUUACAGAAAUUUUAAAGACUGCUUUCGCCCUAGGACUGACAGUCAUCCCGCUGGUGCAAACAUUCGGACACCUAGAGUUUGUGCUAAAGUUACAAGAGUUUACGCACCUGAGGGAAGUCGAAGAUUCGCCACAAGCCCUGUGUCCCAGUAAAAAUGCUUCCAUGGUAUUUUUGGAAGAAAUGCUAGAGCAGGUUAUAGACUUUCAUACACCGGCCAAAAAUAUUAAUCUGCUUCGCAAGGAAGAUGUAGAAAAACUCACACCCAAACUAACGCACAUACACAUCGGUUGCGAUGAAGUAUACCAAAUUGCUCAAUGCUCACGAUGCAAAAACCGACUCAAAGAUCAGCUGUUUUUAGAUCACGUUUACAACGUGGCAUCUAUUAUUCGUAAAAAGUGGCCACAUAUAAAAAUCAUCAUAUGGGACGAUAUGUUGCGGCACAUGCCUGUUGAAACCUUACAAGCUUCGGGCAUAGGUAAGCUUGUAGAGCCCAUGAUCUGGGUGUAUGCCGAAGAUAUCUACAAAUUUAUACAAUCUUCGACCUGGGACAAAUACUCAAUAGUAUUCAAUACUGCUUGGGCAGCAUCAGCAUUCAAAGGAGCUCAUGGAGAAACUCUACUGAUCCCACCGAUUAGAAGACACCUAGAAAACACUCUCCGAUGGCUUGCCGUUAUGCAGGGAGAAGGGUCUCGCUUCCCCGAUGGUCUUCAAGGCUUGGCUUUAACCGGCUGGCAACGGUACGAUCAUUUUGCGGUUCUCUGUGAAAUGCUUCCUUCGGCUCUUCCUUCAUUGGCUGUCUGUUUGUCAACAGCAUCUCGUGGAUAUUUUGAUGUGAAUCCCAAGACAAACCCAAUCCUGAGUAGUUUAACCUGUCCAGAGCCAACAAGCGAUCGACAUGCAUGGAUUGAACUGCACAAGGAUUCCAUUCUUUCAACGUUUUCGAGGUGCAUGUUUCCGGGAAGCGUCAUCUAUCGGUUCAUGCUGCGGCUAAUGACACUGAUCAACGAGGCCAAGGAGUAUAUCGAUGACGUGAAGCAGAAGCGUGGCUGGCUGACGGACUAUAACGUGCGGCAUAAUUUCACCUCCGGCACACGAGUGGACGACUUGCUAGGAGAAGAUUACCGAUUGCUGAAUUCGAUUACCAACCUGGCGAGGAAUGCUGCUUCGACGCUGGCUGAUGUUUAUGAUCAUUGGACUUCCGGAGAGUUCAUCGAGCAGCGCAUCUACCCGAUCCUGGCCGAAUUGAAGCACCUUGAACGGAUAGGCGACGAUCUGAAGAAGCGUAAAACCUGGCCCCAGCGUCCGCUACCCUACCUGAAGCCCUUCGAGGCGCUCGGGAUCGACGAGAAAACAUAGCUACAGGAGUACAUCAAAAUCCCGCUGAACCUUUAAACGAAAGACGUACCCUUUACCUUUACAAGUAUAGGGGAGAAUGAGGAUACUUGAUCCCUGGGGAUACUUGAUUCCUUAGCUAUAUCUCGAAACUGGAAUGUCUUACAAAGAUCAAAUGUUCUAGAAAAAUGUGCCAAAAUGAGCAAAAUAACAAUGCCUGUAGUUUAAAAAAUUUUUACAAAAUAAUUGUUUGAGUGAUUGAACUUUGUUUGAAAAAUUUCGCAAAAUGUAACUUGAAGAUCUUUUUUCAUCACUUUAAAAUGUUCCUUACAUGGGAAAAUUAUGAAAAUAUAUUUGUUCCAAUGUAUCAAUCGUUCGAGCGUAAAAUGAACUUCAUAAUGCCAUAUUUUCAAAGCAAUGGAAAACUCUCAACUUUUUUCAGAAAAAGUUUUCUAAAAUGUUGAUUAUGGGUACAAUUGAUCCCCUAGAGUUGGGUACAAUUGAUCCCCCUUCCAAACGGCAUAUUCUUCUUCUGAAUUGUUCGUUAUGAUUGCUGAUUACGAAAUUACUAAUAUUUAUCCAAAAACUAAUAUUUAUCAAACAAUUGUCUGAAGAAAAGAGCAAAAAUAAUUAAAUUUCUUUUAAUUAUAUAAAAUAGCGCCUUUAAGUAUGCAAUGUUAAUAGCGUUGAGACAAAGUUAAAGAAUUUUCUUCUUAUGUCUGCUAUAAAUUGUGAAAUGAGAACAAACAUGACCAAAAUAGUCAAUUAACAUUCUAUCUUGGGGUUUUGUUUGAUUUUUAUACAAGGAUUAGGGCUUCCUGAAUAAAAGAUCAAGUCUCCUUCAAUAGGGGAUCAAGUCUCCCCUAACUUCAGAAAAAUCGCAAUUUUUUUACUCCCACGAAAAUGCUUCUACUUCAUCAACGGGUUCAAGUAUCGAUCCAAUUUUUGGAGCAUAGAAACUUGAAGUUACAAGCUGCCAGAAAAUGUCAAAGACGGCGAGUUUCUAAAUUUUUCCAGAAAGAUAUGGUGAAAAUAAGAAAAGGGGAUCAAGUAUCCCCACUCUCCCCUACAGUAAGACUCCACCAAAAACCUUUUUAGAGAAUAGCUUAGACAAAAAAAAAGUCAACUGGUAGCAAAUUUUCCUGUUAGCGUUUCUCAUGUGCAGAUACGAUUGUGAGAGUCCAAUUGCAGUGUAUUAAAAUUUGCUUCGCGAAAUUUUCCGUGGCGUUAAAUGUAAGAAGAAGAGAGAAUGCUUAAGCAAAGAAAUUUUAAAUUUCGACAUAGAACGUAACAAAAUUAAGAAAUGCAUUUGGCGCAGUACAAUCUGAAUAGGAUUCAAUUUUUAUCAUAUUUUUUUUACAAAAAGAAGCUUAAGUUGUGUUUAUUUCCAUAGUAAAAAUUAAACCUUUUUUUUGAAGGGACUGGUUCGUUAAAGGCUAAAAAUCUCCCUAAUAAAGACAUAAAACCAUUUUUUUGUUUUUUUCAUCCAAUUGUUACGCCUCGCAAGAAAAAAAAUCUCCAACAGUAUUAUUUUGAAGAAAAAAAAGUAGUCGAAUAGUGUAACCUGUUUCGGUAAACAAGACUGAAAUUCAAAUAACUCAAUUAUAUUGAAUGUCGUAGGAACUGUCCGCUAAAAUCAGCUAAGGCAAAAUUCAUUGAAUGUAUUUGAAUCAAGAGUAGUCUUCGAAUCGACGAACAUGAAAUUCUCAUCUUAAUAAAAACGAAAAUCCAUAGCU